AUGAAGGGCAAGAAGUUGGAACCACAUGUCCCCACUGCUCGCCGCACCUCGCGGCGCCGAAAGCUUUCACGCCGCUACCUCGACGCUGGCUUUUCGGGACCUGUCGAAACCCAAUCGGCAUACACUCUCCAGCGUUCGCUACGGAAGAUGAGGCAGAGCCAGGAUACCCAGCAACGCACGCCUGCAACACCGCAGUUUCCGCGGAGACGGACGAGACGCUCUACGACGCAAGCAGCAGAUGAGGAUUCGGACUAUAAGCCGUACUCGAAACCGAAGAAACGCCCAAGAACGCAGCCUGGCCGAAGCAAGAAACAUUCCGAAAGUGUUCCUUCGGCAAAAAAUGCCUCUGCUGUCUCGCCGAACUCUUUAAUGAUCAGACUAUGGGAUAACACCGCGAAGAGGCUACAAACCGAGCCUGUACCGUUACCCGAUUUAUGCGGAGCCCUAGCCAAGAACCAAACCCUGUCUCUGUACAUGGGGCAAUCUAGCUCUAAUUUCCCACAGAAUCUUUGCAACACUAUGCUCUGUCAGGAAGACGUAGACGCAUGGAGUUGUGAGUUGUCAACCCCCGGGCUCCAUCGUCGUGUCAUGAUAUUUAACCCAAAUACCCUUACAGUCUUACCCCACAGUGAAAGUCCCACCGUCAGUGCAUUGGAACAGUUCAUGAGAAAGGUAGCAAAACAACAAAUUCCUGGCAAACAGCUUCGAUUAUACGCAGGAGAGCAUACAUCUUUCUUAUUUCUUUCUGACGACGUGAGAAAUUACGUGCAAAGAAUAUGCCGCUCUCACUGCAAUGUGGCAGAUGGCCCUCCCAGUCUGGAUGGAGAGGCAGACUGCAUAUCAGAUGACAACUUUGUACUGCACGAUCGUGAUAUCCCGAAUGUCUAUAAGAGUGAUAGCUGCGACGAUGAACCAAUCAUUUCAGCUAGCGCCUGCCUUUCCUAUCUCGACGGGGAUAGUUCCGAACCAGACAUUGAAUGCUUACCUUUAUUCAGGAGCCAAAGUGCAUCUCCAGAGGGAUCCCUCUCUGUCCCAAUACCUGCCAGUCAGAUUGAUAAUAGUUCAACCGAGGCGUCUUACUUAAAUGAUCCGCAACGACCCGCUAGAUCAAACGUCGAUGAAAGACGAAGGUGGGUGUUGUUGGAAGAUAGCAGCGGGUCUGAGGAAUCAAUUUUUGACCGAGUCUUCAUGUCAGAGGCUAUUAAUUCCGAUGGGGAUUUUCACAGCUCCCAAGAAAGAGAUAGUUGUGAAGAAGGGGAAGCCGCCCCUGUGAUUGUGAGUCCUAGCUCACAUGUAGCAGGGAUCGAAGACUUUGAGGAGCCAGACAAGAGUAAGAUGGGCAAAAUUCAAAGUAAGACCCGCGUUGUUACAAAUGGUAAGCAAGGAGGAGCUCAAGUGUGUACUGAGCCCUCGUUAGUGCCAGAUAUUGUGUUUAGUCGUGGUCAGACCAAAUCGUAUGGUAGAACUGGAAGAGGGGGAUUUCGUACGAAUCCUGUCGGCCCCGACGAACUUCCGGUCAAGAGCAAAUCGUAUUCAACCGACGUUUAUAUUUGGAACUACGACGAGCACAAGCGAACUGAUGUUUUGGUACCUCUGGACGAAGCCAUUGAAAUUUGUAAACGUUCUACAAGCCCGUUCUUAGGCGUUUACGAUGGUCAAGAUUACGACUUUGAAGGAGGGCCGCUUUCCCACACCCUUCAUAUAUUUCCGUACGACAUUGUGAGAUGGGCGAACAGGAGUGUGGCAAAAGAUCGUAGAGUUAGAAUCUGGAAUCGCAGUCAACGCAGUUUUCGGGCGCACCAGUUUUGUCCCAUGUUUUCGAGACUUGCAGUUUGGCUACAGCUAAAUCCAGACCUGGCUAUAUUCGAUCCUUCAAUGAUGAGUCCGAUAUGCACUGCUCGGACGGCAGUGGUAGGACCCGCUUGGCGAAGUUGUUUAGCAGAAGGAGUUGCAAGGUCUUCGUUGAUGUUCCGUCGUCUAGUUCGGCGUAUUCAGCAAACAGGAGUGACAAAGAUUAACGUUGAAUUCCUUUCUAGACUAGAAUUUUGGAACACAACAAAGAAAUGCAAGGAGCUUCGUGACCCGUUUUUCAGUCGGGGUGAGUUAGCCCUUUUUUUGCUUGCCAACCCAUGGAUUGAAGUUUAUUCCGGCCAGGAUGAAGUGAGUAUUUUGGAACUAUCGCUGGGUUUUUAUUUGAUACCCAUUCAUACAAAUUGCCCUGCACAGCUUGCUUCCUUUUGGAACAAACGCGAUGCGAAGAAGUACAUACAACCAACUGGUAUCCCAGAGUUUGCCGGAAAGACGAUAUAUGAUUGCCUUAGGGCAAAUAACUCUUUGGAACUGUACUUAGGCCAAGAUACUGAUCAGCAGCAGGCGAUUGCCGAUGCCAUUCAAAGAGCAAAGGUAUCUGGUUCAUUCCCCUACGCCUACAUGCUGGCAUAUUGCGGAGAGCUCGGUCGCCAAUUUUUGUCCAAGGGAUGGGCGGCCGUCCAUAUUGAUGUUUCGAAUCGCAAUACUGGGUGCGCUGUAUUUUGGGACAUCAAGGAAAGGUCGCUUCGAAUGCAACCGGAUAUCGCAUCAUUUUCUUCAAUAGAUUACUAUCUUAGUCGCCAUUCGGGUGCAACCGAGCUAUACACUGGACAGAAUUUAUGUUCAAGUGUGCAGAAGGACAUCUCCGUAUUCUUCAAGAUACUAACUUUUCGGCCAGGAUAUAACUGCCGCACCCACAGGCCGAUGCUAACGAGGCAAACAUUUAUACCGUCUGCUACUUUUCUUAGAGAAGAGCUUGGUCGAAAGUUUUCGGUUGUGAAUCACAGCAGCGAAGUAUCAGAAAAGCCAUCUAAAGACUCGGCGGGGCCACCAGCCGAUGGUCGACGCAAGAGCGGGCGCGUGUCGGAACUGCGUUCAGGAAAAGAAAAUUUGAAAGCACAGAGCGAGGAGCCACCAGCUUUUCGUGGCGAGGUUCGGUCAGUGUCAACUGAAUUAGCCCCUCCGGAAAUGCCAACCCCGAAAAGGAAUGAUGAAGCCUCAUCGGACCUUGCGUUUGAUGCGUAUUUUUCAUCGGACGGCAAAGACGACGAAAGCAUAGGGCUCCCGGCUCCCCGAACUCUUGAAGUCACUACCUCGAACGAUGAAGACGAGCCGGCGGAGAACCUUGAAUGUCAAUUUCCUACAAAUGAUCAGAGGCAGUGGGCUAGGAACGCUCGCCCCCCAGUAGAAAUGCCUUGUUCCAACUUUUGGGACGCCCUAUUAUCAAAAGCGAAGGAGAAGGCUAGCAAAAUCUCGAGUAUGAUUAGAGAGGCUGGCCCGAAGAUUUUGAACAGACAGCUUAAGCAAGACAUUUGCCAAAGUUUGCGCGAAGAUUUGUUGCUGGCCGUCGAUUCUUCUGCCUCCCUUUUGGUUCUGGCCAGCAGGGCCCGGUCUCCAGAUUUCAUCUUUGCAGCCUUUAAGCUUUGUUUGAGGCUUGAAGCUUUAGACGUACUUGACUGUUUUUCGAGUUUCUCAGUUUAUGGGUACGGACCACCAGACUUAUCUUCCAUCAGAUCGGAUCUUGAAGCUGGGAAGAUUUCCGGAAUAGCUGGUGUUGUCAAAAAGUUUCGGCAUGUUUGCGUUGACCUUUGCCAUUACAACCAAGACAACGCACUCGUCAACGAAGCUGUUAUAUUGCAACACAACGGAGAGCAGCGAAUCCAAGAUUUUUUUGCGGAGAAUCAUGACCUUGUAGUAGAGGAGGGAAAGAUUUUGUCGGUUGCUAAUAUCUGCGAGAGAGCAAAGAAGAUUGGUUUCCAGGAAAACAGGGUGCGUCGAAGUUCGAGAAAAACUCCGUAUCAAAAGUCACCACCUAAAGCGCAGCCAAGCAUUCGAGUUCCGGGAUAUCAAUCGCAAGUUACGUUUUAUAACUACAGGGAUGAAAAAGGCUACUCAGUAAUGGGAAAGCGGCACAGUGCCCGAGUGUUAGGCCUGUCCAUUGAUCUGAGGGCAAGUGAAGCCAGAGCGGGAAACGUGCGGCCGUGCCACGUUUGCAAGCGGAGGUUGUUCCAGUCGAAAGGGGAUUCUCUACAGUGCUCCAACCAUAAAUUUGAUGUCUGCAAGGAGCUUGUAUGUCGCAGUUGUUUAGAGAGUACACUCUCUCUCAGCGAGGCCGAGUUUCAUGACUGGCGAAAGAGAGAUAACUGGAUUUGUAUUCACUGCCGUGGGCUUUGUGUAGAGAGGCCCUUGGAACAUGAUUCUCACGGUCAUUUAUUGAGGAAAAGCAGAGAGCUUUCGGAGGUUGAAGUGCAAUUUAAUUGGCACAUCUGCGAAAUGAAGGCAAACUCUGUAGCACUCGCAUUAGCAAGAAGACUGAUCAGCGGCCAGUUUUCAAGCCUCGCAGAUGGUUUAAGCAUUUCGCUUACGAAAGUCGGAUCUGGUAAAGAGUGGCAGGCGAAAGCGAAACUGCCUGUUGGUGCAUAUCGAUGCCGUGUUGAUGUCGAUGAAACAUGGAAGUACAGCACAACCUUUCAAGUCUUGCCCAUGUCAAAAUAUCUAAGCAAAAUGUGUAGGCAAUCAAGCAGCGCAUCAGCCGCAAAGCAGGAGUCCGUUUCUUCUACUAGUAGUGAGGUUGCUUCUGCCAAACGUCAUAUUGAAUGGAAGAAACGUGAAGCGAUGGAAUCGAGAAUUUCGCCAGUUCAUUCUUUCUCCCAACACGGAGGGGGGUCGUUUGUAGGUAACUGUUCUCGCACGGAAGGGUAUGAUUGGCAACGGGCGAAACGUCAUGCCGUUGUUCACUGGAUCCCUGAAGUAUCCCAAGAACCGACAACAGAAUGGGAGAAUGGAUCAAAUAAGCGUAGCCAGGAGAUAACGUUUCACGCGUCAACCGAAGUAUUGCCGGGAAGCGUAGAAAUGGAUGAGUUUCCGAGGUUGAAGGUGGGCAUGUCUUGGCGCCAGUUCGAACAUGAGGUGCAUGCUUUUAAGUUUGACUACAUGAGGAACGAGACCCUGUGGGGCGUACUGACAGGAACAAGUCGCAUCCACGGAGUUGGUCUGUUCACGCAGACUGGGUAUCAAAAAGGCGAUUUCGUAAUUGAAUACGCUGGCGACGUCAUUCGAACGCCUUUGGGAGAUUUGCGUGAGAAGAGGUACGAUGCAGAGGGGCUGGGUACAUAUCUGUUCAAGAUUGACGAGCACAAGAUUGUCGAUGCAACUGUGAAGAGCAAUCGAGCGCGAUUCACAAACCACAGUUGCGACCCCAACAUGGCGGCGAAGAUAGUCAACGUUCGAGGCCGCGACCUGGUUGUGUUGCUGGCGACACGAAACAUUCCACCAUUUGCAGAACUGACGUUCAAUUAUCAACUACCGUACGAGGACAAAAAGAUUGAGUGUCUUUGUAAUUCUUGGAACUGCGUUGGCGUUAUGAAUUGAUGAAUUGCACUACUGUAGGUGAAGUCAGGCUUGUGCUGCAGCACCGUUCCCAAGGUUUGAUUGUUGCUGCCGCGGAAGGCGCACAGGUGUGAGGUCGCCAAUACGGGAAACUGUAGGGGUGAGCGAGCGCCGUUGGGUGGGGUGGAAGGGUAGAAGAGGGCCACCCCACCCCUGAUACAUCGGGGUCGCAAUAGACGGUAGCGAAUAUGUCAUAAGUACUGCCAAGCUGUAAGUACAGUUAUCGCAGCCGCGUCUCCCAUGUUGGAGGGGAGCUACAAGAUGCUGGUGGAAUCCCUACUCUACGAAGUCGUGAAUGAGCACGUUGUGCUCCGGGCGACGCAGUCGUCCCGUCUCUCUCUCUGUGUACUUCGAUGCUCUCCUUCGCUUAGCUACCUACAGUCUGCUUGCUUAUGUAGUGUCACCGCGUUGCUCGCUACCCGCUAGUGUUGCUCACAUCUCUAACCGUUACUGACAGUACUUGCUUGCUGAACUAAAAGCUAACGGUCGCUUAAUGCUAA